AUGGAUCGUGGACCGCGUGAACGCGAAACGGCGGAUAAGGUCAAGAGCGCCAUCGCACAGAAUGCCAUGAGGAAAAGACGUUUCCGCCCCGAUAGUGAUUUCUCCGUUGCGUCUACAACGACACAUGCCGAUACGGAAAGGGAUAGCUGUGGUAGCAGCCAAUCAUCGCCGACUUAUCUUCUUGCUCCUCAAUCUGCGACAUCACCAACCCAACCCGAACAGUUGAAGCAGCAGACUUUCUCGAAUCCAGCGAUUUCUGCCCCGUCAGAGCCUGGAUUUCAACCCAACAACAUACUAUCCUACCACGACUUCACGGCUCUGUCGAAGCCUUGGCAAAACCAGGGGUCCUCUAGUUUAGAUGGAGUGGACUUAGCCCUGUCGCCACUGGAGCUCUUCUCGCCCUCCGCCAUGUCACUGGACUGUAAUUCGGUGGAGUGUGAGAUGUCCCUAAAUUUCCUAGACCAUGAACCCAAUGGCCAGGAAUCCACACAUACGUUCAAUCUCGAAUCGCGGAAUACACAGCAGGACGUGGAAAAUUCCAAUGCCUUGGUAGCUUGUAUAGGGGCCAAUCAAAUCGAGGCCUCUAAACCCCCACAGGGAAACCUAAUGUCCAGACGAGUGAGCGUGCCUUGGUCAAUCACCUCAACCACUACUGCUACGGAUAACACUACGCCGUCGAGUUGCUGUAGCGGGGCGCUUCCCCAAUCCGAUACGGGAAUUUGUGAGUUUUCCGCAGAGAAUUCUCUUCUAAUUUCAUAUUACACCAAUGAGGUGAUUCCGAUACAGUUCCCGUUCGGCCUGGAUAAUGUACUGUGGUUGCAGUUCAUACUGUUCCGAGCUAGACCUGUGAUGGAGAUAUCAAUAAUUCUCAGCCGCGCGGUGUAUCUCUCUAAGGAGAGCUCAGGACACUUGGAACCAACGGAAGGUGGUUACGAGCAGCAUAUUGGCCAAGCGAUGGCUUCUCUAAAGACGCUGCCCUCGCCGACGGCUACUAUGUCUCUUCUCGAUGAGGACCGCAGGACGUCUCAGGUGAUUGCCGCAUGUACGGCUCUUGUGCAAACUAUUCACCUCGAGAUUUUUUAUGGUGGAUCAAAGCACUGGAAGGACUGUCUAGUGCAAGUGAAACCGUACGUGCGGACGCUCAUCGACCUGGCGGUCGCCGAGGAAUCUUCGUCAGUGUCUACAAUCUCAGGAUUUGUCCCCCAAAUUCAUCGCGCCGCCGCAAAGGCAUUGCUCGGGAAGCUAGUUUGGUUUGAUGCGAUAGCGACUGUGUCUAUAGGCCAGGGACCGUUCCUCGGAAUCGACCACAGCUAUCUUCUAGGCACAGAAACCAUCGACGUGGGCGCUGUAUCUGGGUGCCAGAACGAGGUGGUCAAGGCGCUAUGUGAGAUCGCCAAGUUGAAGCAGUGGAAGACGCAGGCAGAGAGCCAAGGAUGCCUAAGCGUGAUGGAAUUGGCAGCGCGUGGUGGAUCUCUAGCCCAGUCUCUGGAUAGCCUGAUCGACGGGCUAGAAGAACCGAAUCUUGUAGAAGUGAGUUCACCGGAUGCGGUCAGGAUUGACUCAAGGCCGGGGAAAUCCAGGGAUGGAUUCUCGCACGUCGCUGACCAAUGGAAGCAAGAGGCGAAGAGCGAGAUCACGGCAGCCUUUGCGCGGGCAGGGGUAGUCUACCUGCAUGUUGUAGUAUCGGGGCCAAACCCGCAGCUAGCUGAAAUAGGGGCUGCGACUACCGAGCUGGCUACAUCGUUAGAAAGCUUGGCGGAGAAUCGGAUGAUCGAGCAUGCUUCUUGGCCCCUGUGUGUGGCUGGCUGUUUUCUAGCCGGAGAAAGCGAAGGGAGGCUGGGGAACCUAGUAGAUUCUGCACGGGAUCAACGCUCGACCUGCAUGAGACAACACCCCUCAGCAUUGUCAGCGAGCUUGGAUAUCGCACAAGAGUGCCGAAGGAUGAGGAAACAAGAGGCGAGGCACUGUGACUGGACGAUGGCAAUGCAGAAUUUAGGGAUCCGCGUCCUAUUGGGUUGAAACACGGAUGAU